AUGGCACAGGCGAUGUUGAAGUCUUCUCUAAAAGGAGAGCUUGAGGUGGAUGUUAAGAUCAAGGCUCCAGCGAAGAAAUUCUUUAACAUGUUCGCGGUGACACCACAAGCUGUGUCUAAAGCCACUCCUGAAAACAUCCAGCGAUGUGAUGUGCAUGAGGGAGAGAUGGGCAGAGUUGGCACGAUCCUCACCUGGAACUAUGUUGGUAAGAAAGACUUUACAUAA